GUAGUCUCGACGGGUUUCGAAGAAACAAAAUUGGAUUUCUGUAUAUGUUUUGUUUUGUCACCGGUUACCUGUAAAGAUCCUUGUCGUUUUUUCAAAAUGCCAACAGAUGUAGAAACACUAAUGGAAAUGGGAUUUCCCAAAAAUAGAGCGGAAAAGGCUCUCUCGAAGACAGGAUAUAAAAGUGUACAGUUAGCUAUGGACUGGUUAUUUGCCCAUUCUGAAGAUCCUGAUAUUGAUGAUCCUGUAGAACCAUCUAAAGGUUACACUCUUGGUGAAGCAGCAGGAGGAGAUACACCCCCUGAAAAUAAAGAAACUCAAGAACAAGCUAAAUCUUUAAAAUGUGAUGAAUGUGGUAAACUAAUGAAAAGUGAACUGGAUGUACAAGCCCACGCAGCAAGAACUCAACAUUCCAGUUUCUCAGAGUCUACUGAAGAAAUCAAACCUCUUACUGAAGAAGAGAAAAAGCAACAAUUAGAAAGAUUACAAGAGAGAUUGAAACAGAAAAGACUGGAAAAACAAGAAGAAGAAAGGAAGGAACAACUAGCCAAAGAAAAGGCAAGGAGAACUACAGGCAAAGAUAUGACAGUUAUCAAACAAAAGAUAGAGGAAGAUGAAAUAAAGAAAUUAGCGGAACAGAGAAGAAGAGAAAAAAUGGAAGAAAAGUUGGCCAGACAAAAAGUGAAAGACGAAAUAGAAAAAGAUAAAAGGGAGAGAGCUGCCCAGGCAGCUAAAGCUAAUUCUACAUCAAAAUCUGCAGCCGUAUCUUCACCUCCUGCAGCAGCAGUGUCAACACCAGUACCAGCUAAAACUUAUGAUGACUGUCGCUUACAGAUAAGAUUAACAAAUGGUCAAGCAUUAACUCAAUCAUUUCAAGCUAAAGAAUCCUUAGCAGCUGUCAGACUAUACAUAGAAAUGAAUAGAACUGAUGGUAGUGGAUCCUUCUCUUUAAUGACUUCCUUCCCUAGAAAAGUUUUUACAGCAGAAGAUAUGGAUAAGCCUUUAGAUUUAUUAGGCCUGGUACCAUCUGCUGUAUUAAUUGUAACUAAAGCUCAAUAA